UGAAAACAAUCGACAGAUUUAAUUUUACAGAGAUUUCAAUCUGGUUAAGAGAUUUUAAUUAUUCAAGAACUUAAAAAUUCAAAGAACAAAUUUACUGGGAGAAUUUGACAUUUCCCAUUGGCUCGCUUGACUCGCUCCAGCGGGAAAAAUCCAACAACCGCGAGCAUCGAGCAUCGAGUUCUCUACGCUAUGCUGCGAUUUAGUUUUUUGUAGACCAUCAUACGUUUUGAUUACAGUUUUACUAUUUUGCUUGUGAUUUAUGAAUUUUGUCUUGAAUUUUCAAACCUUUGCUCCUAUUCUAAACUUGGUUUGUAUUUUGUGGAUUUGUGAAUCUGAUUUCCCAAGAUGAGUAAAAUUCCAGAUAUCAAGGAGCGCAUACAGAAACAGGCCAAGGAUCGGAAACCUGCUGAUGUUCUGGACCUGAAUCUCGAUAACUGCAAAGCAGAGUGUCUCGCUGAUAACGAUGUUACCCAAAUCCUAGAGCAGUAUUUUAACCUGGAGGAACUGAGUCUUAUUAACAUUGGUUUGACGUCGCUGCGCGGGUUUCCCAAAUUACCGAAGCUGCGCAAAUUGGAUUUGAGCGACAAUCGUCUAACCGGUGGCCUGAACCAUCUCGCCAGCACUUGCCCAAGCCUGGAGAAACUUCUGAUGGGAGGCAAUCGUCUGAAACAACUGGAUGCGCUCGAGCCGCUGAAAGCACUUUCUGCCCUGCGUGUGCUCGACAUGUGCAGUUGUCCCAUUGCCGAUGUGGAUGAUUACAAGUUGAAAGUAUUUGAGUAUCUUUUCCAGCUGACGGAUCUCGAUGGACUGGAUCGGAACGGGCAAGAGAGUCGCGAGUCGGACGAUGAAGAUUCGCAAGAAGACGGCGACGAUUAUUCGGAUACAGAGUCGGAGAAUGGGGAAAAUGUCGGGGCGGGAGAGGACGGAGAGGAUGAUGGGGACGAUGCGGGGGAUUCGGAAAUGGCGGAGGAGGACGGUGAAGAAAGCAUGGGAGACGAGAGUAAUGAGGCUGCAGGGGAACCUUCUGGCGCUCGGAAAGGGUUGAAGCGCAAAAACGAUAACGACGAAGAGAAAAACGGUGCAUGAAAUUGAAUGCUUAUGUGGUGGGUUUUUCGAUUUUUUAUAUUUCUGAUGGAGCAAUCAUGUGUCGAGUCAUUGACAUUUUACAAUAAUUAUUUUGAUGGCGAAAUGCUGUAUUUUGCAUCUCGUGUGCGUCAGAAGUUUGCUGAUAGUUCCACUUUGCUUGAUCUUUUGAUGAGUUUUGAGGGUUACGAACUUGAAUGUAUGGGUUUCCUUUUUUUUAUCAACUUAACUGUGUAGGAAUCUGAUGAACUUAAAAAAAACCGGAAUG